AUGUCGUCUUAUUUCUGCAUGAGCUGGAUUCUUCUGAUUCUCUUUACAGGCCCCACAGUAUCAGGAUCGCUAGUGAAAGGAAAGGUUGGUCAGAACAUCACUGUGCCCUGCUUUUACAGUGUUAAGACGACAUGGGACAUCACGUCAAUGUGCUGGGGUCGUGGCAGCUGCCCUGUUUCAAAAUGUUAUCAGACCAUUAUCUGGACAGAUGGAUGGAGGGUGACGGAGCAGCACAACAGCAGGUAUAUGUUGAAAGGGAACCUGCCGAUGGGCGACGUGUCCCUCACAAUCGUGAACGCCGAGGAAGCGGACAGCGGGAUAUACUGCUGCCGCGUGGAGAUCUCAGGGUGGUUCAAUGACCAGACAAGUAAUUACAAGGUCGUGAUAGAGAAAGCUAGGACCUCUACUGCAAGUCCUCACACUUACACCUCUGAACAGACCUCAGCUCCUGGGAGUGCCAGCAAGUCAUCCUUUACCACCACAAGAACAUGGCCAUCGGUUUCUGCUUCGGAAGCUCCUCGGACUGCCUCUGGUCCCUGCUCAAGCACCUCAGACUGCUUGGACGUAACCUCAAAGCUGCAGAACGUGUCUGUAUCACUUCCCAGUCAUCAGUAUUCAGAAAAUGGGCUAUACAUUGGGAUUGGUUUAUGUGUGGUACUUCUAGCCAUCCUUAUUUUGGCUCUGUUCCUCACUAGGCAAUAUUUAUACAAUACGAAGAAGACAGGUGACUUUGCAAACUUUAUUGCAUAUUGGAGACCGGAACAUGUGGGGAACCAUAGUGCCCUGGAAGAGGAGACCCAUGCAGAGGAAAACAUUUAUAUAAUACACUAA